AUGCUCCUAAUUUAUCUCUCAAAGCUGAUGUCCCAACUAGAUGGAAUUCUACUUUUCUUAUGCUUGAAAGAGCUAUGGAAUUCCGUUAUGCUUUUGACAGAUUGCAUGAAUGUGAUAGCUCCUACAAGUUCUUACCUUCCAAUGAGGACUGGCAGCAUACUAAGUGUGUAGUAGAUUGCCUCAAGGUCUUUUAUGAGGUUACAAAAAGAGUUUCAGGUACAAAAUAUCCCACUUUAAGUCUGUACUUCAAUGAUUUCUGUGGAAUUUAUCUUCUUCUCCAGGAGUGGCAGUUCGGUGUUGAUACAUUUGUCGCAUCAAUGGCUGUACCAAUGGUGGAUAAGUUUGAGAAAUAUUGGGACAUUGCAAAUAAAUUAUUAAAAAUUGCAACAAUUCUUGACCCACGCUACAAAAUGAAAUCCAUUGAGUACUACUAUAAAUUGUUUUAUGAUCCAUUUGUGGCUGAUCUAAGAAUUGAAUCUGCAAGAAAAUCAUUCCUUGAGUUGUUUAAUGAAUAUGCAAGUCAACCCUCCCAAACAUCAUUAGAUGGUAACUCAUCAAGGAAUUUUGAGGCAGCAAUACCUAGUUCAACACAAUCAUCAUCUAGUUUGUUUGCAACUAGACUGGGACUAGAGAAGUUUAUAUAUGAGAGCAAUUCAAGUCGUCAUAGUAAAUCAGAGUUGGAGAUCUAUCUUAAAGACCCGUCUUCUCCUGGAAUUGGCAAUAGUUCUUUUGAUAUUAUGGCUUGGUGGAGGGUUAAUGGCCCAAAAUAUCCAAUCAUUUCUCGGAUGGCUCGUGAUAUAUUGAGUGUUCCACUUUCAACCGUGGCCUCUGAGUCAAUUUUCAGUUCUGCUAAGAGAAUACUUGAUGAUUAUCACUGCAACCUGCUCCCAGAAACAAUUGAGGCUAUAAUAUGUUCACAUGAUUGGCUCAAGGGUCGCAUAUCAUGUGCAUAUUUCUACUCCUAAAUAAUAUUUUUGGUACUUAUAUAUAGGCUUUCUAACAUUAUUUUAUUUCAAACAGUUGAUCCUAGAGUUGUUGAAGAUAGCAUACCUGCUUAUGAAUCAUCUGUACCAACACCAAAUGAAGAAGAUCAAACUAAUGAUGAUUAAGCAAUCAAGGAAGAAGAAGGAUGUGGUACAAUGUUUGUGGACAUUGCAAGCGGCAUGCUCUAUGUCAAGUGGCUCGGACAUGAAUCUUGCUAUGAAUUAGUUUCUGUAUGGAGAUGAGGAAUUUUUUUUUGCAAGUUUCUGAUAGCGAGAACGUCCAACCUAUAGUGUGGUUGUGGCCGCAAGAGAUGAUGGAUGAUGUAAAAGCUUACUGUUUUGCAUUUCUAUAAUAU